CAUUCGCAAUAUGGCGGACACUGAAGAAAUGAAAUCACCACUCUCCGGCUUCCAAUAUGCAGCCCUUUUGCCUUUAGUAUGCUGAGAGUAGACUUUGGUCAAAGUCUUUUGGACCAUUGUGGGGUCUUAAUUCUUGUGCAACCCGUGGGAUACAUCGGCGAUAAGAGAUUCAAGGCUAUUUACGACGAAAUUUCCACGUAUCGUAGGGCACAGGUUCCCAACACGACUAGGACACUUAAUUUGCGAUACUCCAAAAGGGUCACUCCACAGUUUAUCGAGUGGGGCAACUUUCAUUUCCAUAAACGGGUGUUAGGACUCAUUUGCGUGGGAAGAUGUUCAGAGAUCUCCGAAGUGGAAAAGUUAGAAAAAUCGAUUAACGAAAUCAAGAAUCCUUUUAGUGCUAUCCUUCUCAACACAAGAUGUUUCGUGUUUGGCUGCAAAUCCAACGACGAAGCAAAGAUCAGGAAAGAUUUUGCCCUCAUCAGAGGCGAAGAUCACUCCGAGGAUCUUCAAAGUAAUUUGGCGGAGUUUGUAGCUACUCUGUUCAAUGUAUUGGAAUCUAAGAGAUUUAGUAAAUUGUCAGAAAAGAUUGACAAGAUAACGUUGAUUCAAGCCCCUGUUGAGCAUGAAGUGUUUGGAAGUGAAAAUGACAACAGGGCAAGCAAAAGAAGAAGUAUUGGACGCUCUAAAAAAUACACUGGAGACUUGUGUAUGUUAGCAGGUGUGCCUCAAGAUGCUCUUAGUCAAUAUCUCAUAGCUGGAGAGUAUCUGAGGGCUGCUAGUGAUGUGCUGUGGCUUGCCGGAGCUCUUGAGGGCCAGUGUGCAGCGUCUUUAGUGCUAAGCAGAAAUGAGAAAGUAACAGACAGAAAUUCAUUGAUUCUGCCCACGAAAUGUGCAGUGAACUCUGUGAACUUAGCAAUUAAUGGUUUAGGAAAUGACGUUGAUGAAACAAAGUUUAGAAAUCCACAGCCACUUUGUGAAGAAGAGAUUGUAGAGAGACUGUCUGAAGCUUUGAAGCUCUACAACAGAGUAAGUAACAGUUUAUAUAACCAAUCCAUAAAUGGGAUUCUGAUUUUAAGAGAAACGAGACAAUUAGUGCUGCAAAAUAUUGUUUUAUCUCCUUUCAGGGCAAGCAAAAGAAGAAGUAUUGGACGCUCUAAAAAAUACACUGGAGACUUGUGUAUGUUAGCAGGUGUGCCUCAAGAUGCUCUUAGUCAAUAUCUCAUAGCUGGAGAGUAUCUGAGGGCUGCUAGUGAUGUGCUGUGGCUUGCCGGAGCUCUUGAGGGCCAGUGUGCAGCGUCUUUAGUGCUAAGCAGAAAUGAGAAAGUAACAGACAGAAAUUCAUUGAUUCUGCCCACGAAAUGUGCAGUGAACUCUGUGAACUUAGCAAUUAAUGGUUUAGGAAAUGACGUUGAUGAAACAAAGUUUAGAAAUCCACAGCCACUUUGUGAAGAAGAGAUUGUAGAGAGACUGUCUGAAGCUUUGAAGCUCUACAACAGAGUCAAAGGAGCUGCUGUCAUAGAAACUGAGGCUAAUCUUAAAUUCACCAGACUUUUAAUUACUUAUCAGAGACGUAUUGAAGCAAGUAUAGCACUGCAGAAUUCUCUGUCAGUAAAUGUCUCACUAACGGAACAAGAAAAGAUUCAGCGAUUUAGCACUGCAGCUGUCUUAUAUGACGAACUGGGAUUCAAAAGAAAGGCAGGGUUUUUCACCAGAGUGGCCGCCGUGCAGUGUAUUUCACAGCAAUUACCACAUCCACUUUGGCUUUUGUCUUAUAAAUUCCUUAUGAGUGCACUUGAAGGCUACAGGAUACAUCUUGACCAAAAAGAUGUUCCCCAAGAUCUUCCAAAUGGUUGGCCUGCUCUUCAAAUAAGACUUCUAAAUGAACUUAUAUACACUGCACGUCGCUUAGGAGAUCCUUCAUUGGCAGUCAGGCAUGUAAUAUUUCUACUACAAACCAUGCAUGAUCACUUGAGUGACGAUGAGAAGAAAGAGCUGUGUGCAUUAUUGGAAAGUUCUGCCAAACAGUGCACAGGGUCACCCAAGGAAACAGACAAUAACAGGAUGGACGUGCUGGACAUGCCUAUGAUACCCCUCGCUAGAAUGCCUCUUGUGAGAUCAUUCAAGGUCCAUCCACUAGCUUCUCAUCUGAAGCCCGUUGGAAAGAAGUCUUUGGCAGCAUCAGACACAGCAUCUACAGGACCAUUCAUAUUUUCAUCGCUCAGACGGAAUGCAAAGGAAGUAAAGAAAACUAAAAAUAUAACAUGGGUUUGUGGAGACCUUGGGCAGGUCUCAUUGGAUGUUUAUAAUCCCAUGCCAUUUGAACUCAAAGUCUCUAAAAUGGUAAGAGCUGGCUACUGGUUUUACACACAGAUAUUGUUGCAACAGCCUUUGUUCUUCUUUUUUGUAUUUUGCAUUAAUUACUGUUUUUACCUCGGUAGCUAUCUUCCAGAUCUAAAUUUAAAUCUAAAUAUUAUUACGUCGGCAACAUCCAGAGGACANAGCUGCGGAGACAGAUAUCAAGAUAUGAUUGAUUAUCUUAAAUCAAGUCUUAUUGCUCCCUUAUUAAUUGAGUUAUUUUCACGGGCAGGUUACACAGUGACUGUGUUUGGAGUAGAAAGCAACUGCAAGCUUACACAAGAAAACCUGGAGAAUAAAGAGGACUUUCCGGUGAUUGUGGAUGUGGUCCCUUCAAUGCCCCUCCUCCAGGUGUCCACGUCUCUGCCUAAGGUCCGUUCUCAGCCUCCAGAUCCCGACACCCCUCGAUCUGCGCCCCUGGUCACGGCCGUCACGCUUUAUGCUGGUCAGAGCAAGAAAGGGAAGAUCACCCUGGAGAACAUUAGCAAGUUGCCGGUUGACAAUCUAAAUAUCUCUGUCAGCAGUAAGGAUGGGGAGGGAGCCGAAGAACUCUUCAGUUUUGACGAAGAAGAAAUCAAAUCCAAACUACCAGUCCUUCCCGGUGACUCCACCGAAAUCACGGUCACAAUAACGGGCACACAUCACUUCCCACAAGGCACCGAGAGCAGCGAGAAUCUCAGUUACGACCCCGAGGCACCCUGGGGUUUGACUGGUGCGAUUCAACUCCGCUACUCAACAGGAGAGUCCAGUAGCCACACGUGUCGGAAAGCCACCAUGUCUAUUGACGUCACAGUCGUCCCUAGCUUGCUCUGUGAAAACUAUCAGAUCAUUGAACUUCCUAGUGACAGAUCACAUUGUUUACUGAUGUUCGAUGCCGUAAACAAGACGUCGAAUGACAUGGAGUUUUCGUCCUCUGUGCAGAAUGGAAAUCAACCAAAUUGUGAUGAUGAGGUGUUCACGGAUGCGGUUAUGAACAUCCAAGGAAAUGACAAGAAUAGGGUAACAAUAAAUUUGCCAAGAUUUGCUUUGCCAGUCUCCGACAAACCUAGUCAGCAGGUUCAUAGCGACUCCCAGAGAAGAGCUGAAUACAAGAAAUUCGUGUGUGACGUGGUUAAACUUCAAUGGAAUCUUCCAGCUUGCCAAGCUUCAGGCUUUGCUUAUGUGGACAACUUGAAGCUUGACGUAGACAUGAUGAGGGUUUUAAAGCAGGAUCCCAUCACUUUUGGUAUCAAGAUUAACGGCGAGGAAUACAACAACACUGCUUCGAGCUUGGUCACGAUUUCACUCUGCACAAUUGUGGAUGUCAAUAUUGAAGUAUCUAAUCAAAGUGAUGAACCUCAUGGUCCCUUGUUAUUGACUGUUGAACCGUACCAGGACCAGGCCUCUGGGUCCCCAGUGACCGAGCUGGAUGGAAAAGUGACCUGGGUUGGAACGCUGCAACUCGACACACCUGAGUUAUCACCCGGGAAGUCGUUCUACCACUCUUGUUCUCUGGUAUUUUUGUAUGCUGGACAAUUUAUGAUAUCCAUUUCUUGUGCGGAGUCUGGCUCGGAAGAAAGUGUAACUUCUAACGAAGACGCUGCAUCGGGGUCAACAGGAAGAACGCAAAGUUUAGAAAGUACAAGGACAAAUUCAAAGGGAGAUGAUCCCGGCAAUUGCGUGAAGAGAUCAUGGACGUACUCGCCGCCGAUCAUUAUUAAUGUGGUUUAAUCACAUCCAAGUCACAUUGGAUUAACUCAGUGGUUUACUGGAGAUAGUUCUUCUCGCGAUGUUCUGGGUCAAUGUACGCGAAUUGUUCACAAAGGAAACCCUUUAAAAUGUUUGCGAGGUUAUUUCCAUGGUAGCAUUUUGAUAGACAAGUAUUCCAAUAAGACGACCGCUUCUUGGGAAGUGCGUUGGCUCGCUGAUGGGCAAGGCGUUAGAAGCGAGUGUAUCGAUCAGUAUGUUAUCUCUCUUUACCAUGCCGUAACGAUUUCAAGUGGAAAGUUAGUGAGAAAGAGGACGUGAUCAUCGUUAGUGAUUCAGGGGAAGUUAUACAGUGUCGUCAAGCACGCUUACCCAAACGAGCCGUCUGCUUUUAGCCUCAAUAUUUUUGGAAAGGUAUGGGGAUUGUCGAAACGUUCAAAAUGUCUCAAAGAAUGUCCGCAUUUGGAGUCGAAGUAAAUAUAAAUUUGGCUUGUGUGCAUGGCGAGUUUUGCCUCGGUGGCUCAUAACCUCACAUCUUAACGACAGCACAUUAAAGUCAACGUAUACUUUGUGAUACUUUCAACAACUUGGACCAUGUGGACGAAUAAAGUGCUUUUAGCAACCUACAGAGAGCUGCUUUAGAAUAUGGCGGUACUUGUUGUUAAGAAUCUUCUGAGACAGGACUGGAGCGCGAACAAUUAAGUCCGGGAAAUAAUCGAUGUCUUCGGUUAAUAUUCGUUACCCAUGUAGUGCCUUAUCAAGAGAAUAUGAUAAUCUCU